AUGGGAACUUGUACUCAAAUCAAUAAUAAAGUUCUACAAAGAGAAAAAUCUUUAUUGAGGUUAGUUAUGUUUUUCUACAAUGUUCCUAUGCAUUCGCAUCCUGAUAUUGAUAGUCUUAUCAACACUAAAUUGAAUUCUUGCCGAAUUAUUGAAAAAGGAUUAAGCCAAACUUUAAUUGGAGAGAUAGUGCGAUUUCUAAAUUCCUAUAAGAGUAGAACUGCAGAACAAGAUGAAUUACAUAAUCAUUUUAAGUAUGUUCACACACAGUCUUUAAAGAAGUUCAAUCAAUUUGGAACUAUUUUAGGCAAGAUUAUCCUAAUUGUAUUAUAUUUAAAUUACAAAAGACUUCUAUUGAAGUGUUAUUAUGUAUUAAGACUCUUGAAAUGGGGGAUUUAACUCCUGUGGAUGUUUGGUGGGUCUAAGAACAUUUUCAAAUAAGAUACAGAUUAUUGAAUGAGCAAUAUAGUGUAGAAUAUGACAAUUUUUUGGAAAUGAAUUACUUGAUUAAGUUUCUCUACCUUCUCAAAGAAUGUGUGCGAAUUGAGCUCAAAAAGAACAACUUUGAAUUAAAUCAGUUUAUUCUCUCGGUUAGACAUGAUUAAUCAGACAUUCUACUACAUACAGCUAGAACUGUGGAUAGUGCUAGAACUCAAUAAAAAAGAUUAGAAUCAAUGUGA